AAGCUUUUAUAACCUUCUAUAAAUUCCCCAGCACAAAAUCAAAACCCGCCGCUUCUUCAAAUCACAACUCCUUAAAUUGUUUUUCCCCUUCAAUUUCUCCGGCCCCCGGAUUCUUCCCAUAUGGAGCAUUCCGCCACCCGCCGUCGACUCGCCUCCACCACCGAAAACGCCUGGUGUCGCGCCCUUCCUGGCGGCACCGGCACCGGUAUCCUAGCAUUGUCCUCCACCGAGCCCCCAAGCCUUCAACGUUUCGAACAUGCCCUUCACAAACUCCAAAAUUCUCAUCCUGUCCUAAAAUCCAAACUCCAUUUCAACCACACUUCUUCCACUUUCUCCUUCCUUACUUCACCCACUCCCUUCGUUCAACUCAAAAUCUUCGGGAUUCCAGAAACGUCCAAAAUCCUCCUUAACGACCAAAAUGCUGUUGACGGCAACCUUUCCAUUUCCCCUUUUCAGAUUCUCCUCGAACGUGAACUCAACGACAACACCGCCUGGCGGAGUCUAAACUCCUCCGGCUCCGACGCAGCGGCGGAUAUUUUGUUUGUUAACUUGUACGAAGUUGGGAUAGGGAAAUGGGUGGCUAUAUUCCGACUACACGUAGCGGCAUGUGACCGAACCACGGCGGUGUCGUUGCUGGAAGAGCUGCUUGUUUUGAUGACCAGCGACGGUGGUGGUGGCGGAGAGAAAAAAUGGGAAGUGGAGCGGGGAUUAGAGGAACUUGUUCCUAGAAAUUUAAUGAAGAAGCCAUUGUUGGCCAGAGGAUUGAACAUGCUUAGCCACUCCGUGAAUUCGUUCAGAUUAACGAAUCUGAAAUUCAAAGAUGUAAAAUCUGCGAGACGAUCGCAGUUGGCUAGGUUUCAGAUCAACCAAACCGAAACGCACAAGAUUCUCUCCGAGUGCAAAUUGAGAGGGAUAAAAUUGAGUUCAGUGUUGGUUGCGGCGGGGCUGGUGGCGGCUCACAGCUCCGGCAGCCACGGGUUCGACCGCCACCACCACCGGAAGUACGGAAUCAUAACGCUAGUAGACUGCCGGCGGUUUCUUGAGCCUCCGCUGACCUCCCACGAUUUCGGAUUUUAUCAUGCUGCCAUCUUUAACUCUUACACCAUAAAAGGAGGAGAAGACCUGUGGGAGCUAGCAGAGAGAGUCUCCACAACAGUGGAGGCUUCCAAGAAUUCAAACAAGCACUUCACCGACAUGUCGGACCUGAACUUUCUGAUGUGCCGUGCCAUCGAGAAUCCGAACCUCACGGCCUCGGGGGCAAUGAGGACUUCGCUAAUGACUAUAUUUGAAGACACGGUUUUUGACAAUUCAGGUGGAAUGCAGAAGGAUAUCGGGAUUAAUGACUACGUAGGUUGCGCCUCCAUCCAUGGCAUUGGACCCUCCGCUGCCAUGUUUGACAGUGUUAGAAAUGGACGGCUAGACUGUUCGUGUAUUUACCCAUCUCCAUUGCACUCUCGGGACCAAAUGGAGGCCCUGCUUACUAACAUCAAGACUCUUCUUGUUAAAGGAUGAAGGAUUGGUUUAAUUUUGUUUUUCACUACAUUUAUUCUUCUAAAUUAAGUGAUUUACGAAAAAAAAAUAUAUGGUUUAAAUACUAUUUCACUUUCGUGUUAUUGCAAUUAAGUAACAUAUAGAUAGAAAUUAUAAUAUAUUUACUGAGACUCGUUAUAUUUUAAUUAUCAAUGUAAUACUUAGCUUUUAAGGAUAUGUAACUCUUUACGAAUAUGGAGAGACAAAUUUGUAUUGUACUUUCUUUGAUGGUUUAAAAGUCUAAAAUGAUUUAAAAUCAA